AUGCACUUUCCCAAGCUGAGUCCGCUACAAUGUCGCUUCACCGUGUCGCUGGCGGCAUCGCUCCUUGUCCUGUCCAUCUAUCUCUUCCUCUGGAACCCGCACUUCGCCUAUGCCUCUGAGAUAGAAACUCCGAUCACUACCUCCCCACUCGUUCUGGAUGAUUACGCUCUCGACCCGACAGACGAGCUGGACGAUGCAGAAGAUGUAUAUGAACAUGUACAAUACACGAAAAGAGCCGUGGGAGACGUGGUGACGCUGGGUGGAAGCAAUGUGCCGGGGCUGCUUAACAUUGAGGCCGGCAACACAACCAUCUGGCACUUUAGCAACUCGUCGCUCUGGGCUCCCAAGGCAAACUCGACUCCUGGCCUUCCUAGUGCCAUCGACGAUGGUGAUACGGGCGACUCUGGCACCAUCUACAAGCGCCAAAAUCCAACAACCAGGCUGGUUUACAUCUCCGUGACCACCUGUCUGCAACCCCAGUGGAACGGCUCGACAAACCAGACCAUUCUACCGCCUCAGCUCACCCUUUUCGUUUCCAAUUCCACCUCGAACAAAGAGCCCGGCCCAAAUGCUCCUGCGGAUAGACAAGUCGCCAUCACCCUCAAUGAGGGCUUUGCCAAUUACUCCAUGAACGCUACAACCGAUAUUUACAUGUCAGUCCACGCUCCUGCAUUGCCUGCAAAUUUCUCCGGCAUCUGGAACUACGAAAUCGCCGCCUCUAUUGACAACUACUAUCAUGGCGCCCAUCCCGACUCACCCUUCCUCUAUCUAGUAGAUACCGACACCCACGCCGCUCUGCUUGUCACAAACAACUUGACUGAAGCCAACCCGGACGAUCUUGUCUACCAACAAUGGAUGAACCUCACCUCGCCUUUCACCGUCUUCGUCCAACCUACCCUCGACCGAAGCCUUGACGGUAUGAGGAAUAGCUACUGUGGCAUGACCCAUGCUAGCAUUAACAAUGCUUCAAGCUCUGUACAGUCGGGAAUGAUUACCCGUGGCUUGGGUCACAAACCCAAAGAGCAGUUCUACAUCCAGAAUCUGAACGGCAGUACCUCGUACUUCGGAGUUCUAGCCAUGGAAGGCAAUUCAACAAAGACAGGCAGUGGCGUUGUCGGUGGUGGUGGCCAAGUCUGGCAACCCGUCAACUUCAAGACCAAGGCCGACAACAACUGUGCUCUCGUCUUCAACUUGACUUUCUGCCACGAUGUUGCCUACGCCGUGCCCAGCAAUCCCGACAAGUAUCCUGACCAGCCCUCUCUCAGCGCUGUUUAUGAUUCAUAUGCCGCCGGUCUGUACGAGAACUUUAACAAGUCCCUACAGCAGAUUCCCUGCAACACAACCUUGUCAGCACAAUACUCGCCUGCCAAGAAUUGCGACGACUGUGCCGAUGCAUACAAGCAAUGGCUCUGUGCCGUCACCAUGCCACGCUGCGAGGACUUUUCUUCUCCUCUGCCUUGGCUGCAGCCCCGCAACAUGGGUCAGUCCCCCAUCAACUCGUCUUCCUCUUCGAUCGGCAGCAUGCCCAAUUCAGACAUGUUCCAACAAAUACAAGGUCAGCUGAACCAACAAUACAUUCCCAUGACCUCUGCCCCCAGCGACAGCGAUGCCUUCCGUCAAACCUACGCAUCUGUGCAGGCCUCCAACAGCUCCCGUAACCCGACCAUUAUCGUCGAUAUGAUUCAACCUGGUCCGUACAAGGAAGUCCUUCCUUGUGAAGACUUGUGCUACAGUCUGGUGCGCAGUUGUCCAGCUGCUCUAGGGUUUGGUUGCCCUGACCCGGGUAGAGGGCUUGAAGUCGAUUACGGCCAGAGAAGUGACGAUGGACAGGUCACUUGCAGUUACCUUGGUGCAGUGUAUUACCUGAACACUGCCCCUGUACUCGGCAGUGUUUCUUCGGUGGCUAUUGCGGUUGCUGCCGUGCUGUCGUUGUGCAUACUGGCUUGA